UGUGGGUGUGGGUGUGGGUAUGGGUGUGACUGGAUGUGUGGGUGUUAGUAGAGAAGAUCCAUGCCCGUACCUACCCGCAACCGAUACUGUCCUACACCCACACCCUACACCCCACACCCACGCCCACAUCCCACCCACAUACCUACACCCCACUCAUACACCCACACCUCACACCCACACGCCACACCCAUAUUUUAAUUGCAAACCUGAGUCUAUAUAGGGGAAGCGUUGGACAGGAGGGGUGCAGAUACCAUCGUCCGUAAAAAAAAGACGAAAGAAACUGGCUGCUGCAUGUGGAUUUUUGGGCGUCAGCCCCAACGGGCGAUAAGCCUAUGUGACAUUAUUGUUAGUAUUAUUAUUAAACAUGAAACGCAUCGGCGAAAAUGAAACUCUGCAUUUUGUUUUAAACUCUGUAAAAGUAUUUUGUUUUAGCAGAAGUUCUCGUAUAAAUUCAACACAAUAUCGGUUGCUGAAAAGCAAAGGUUGAGAACUAGCAGAUUGAUUGAGUCGUCUUCGUUAAGAGAUUAGUCAAUCUGUUUUUGAAUUUGAUUAAAACCCUUGAGCAAGGUCGAAACUGGUGAUGGUAGCUUUUUUCACUAUCGUUUCAAAAAAAUUUCUAUUACCUUUUUAGGUAGCAAUGGAAUUCUAAACUGAUUUGGAUCUUUAGAUUCUGAUUAGUUGAAGCCAUUGAUAAGACCCUUGAGCAAGAACGAAACCGGUCGUGGUAGCUUGUCUCACUCUCACACCCUCUUAGUUGGUUUAGGUACAUGUGGUUCAUCAGAUUGAUCACGAUAGAUACGCAUUCAUGAAAUAAGUUCAGAUAUAUCUGUUUCAUUAGCUACAUGGAUGGUAAUCGAGGACAUCUUUCGUUAACUAAUGCUAUACGACUCUUAUCAAUUACUCAUAUUUAGACAAGAACAGAGAAAAACAAUAAUCAGGAUUUCUUUUUAUCAAAAAUGGCGAUGACCUCGGUCAAAAAUACUGGAGGAUCAAUAUUGUCAAUGAAAAUGAUCUAGUCGACUUAUUACCAUUAUUACAAGUUUUUUGUGAAUUUUAUUAUGAAACUGAAGAAAUUCCUCGAACGAGUGAUGAGCUACUUUAAUCCGUGUCUUGAGCAUUAAUUGCAAAUUCAAAAACAAGAAGGAAUACAAUUACUUGUUCGUCAUGCUCAAGAUGGAAAAGCUGUUGGUAUUGCUACACUUUUCUGGUCUUGAUCGACAUUAAAAGGUGGUCGUCUAGCUAUAAUGGAAGAUCUUUAUGUUGAUCAAUCAUAUCGAGAUCAAGGUAUUGCUGAUCUUCUGAUUGGUGAAUGUGCACGAUAUGCACGAGAACAUGGUGCAUUAUGUUUAACAUGGCAGGCGUCGGUGAAAAUUUAUCGUGCACAAGCUGUUUAUGAUCGAUGUGGUGCAAUAAAAAGUGAUCGGUGGUUAAAUUAUACACUUCCAUUAUGA